UCUAAGGAUCCGAUCCGUGUACUGGUAACUGGAGCUGCCGGCCAGCUGGCCUACUCGCUCAUACCCAUCAUUGCCGAGGGCCACGUGUUUGGGGAAGACCAGCCAGUAAUCCUCCACCUGCUGGACCUACCGAAGAUGAUGGGCGUCUUAAACGGCGUUGUCAUGGAGCUUGCAGAUUGUGCCUUCCCUCUCCUACAGGAGGUGAUUGCCACAGAUGAAGAGAAGACUGCAUUCACCGAUAUCGACGUGGCCUUCCUAGUGGGCUCAUUGCCUCGGAAGCCCGGCAUGGAGCGCAAAGAUCUGCUGACCGCCAACGCCAAGAUCUACCAGAGCAACGGACGUGCUCUCGAUCAGUAUGCCAAGAAGUCUGUCAAGGUUCUGGUGGUGGGUAACCCGGCGAAUACGAAUGCGCUGAUCUGCUCCAAGUACGCGCCGUCUAUUCCCACGGCGAACAUCUCAGCCAUGACGCGUCUCGACCACAACAGGGCCCAGGCACAGAUUGCCCUAAAGCUGAAGGUGUCAAGUGCUGACGUGCGGAACGUGAUCAUCUGGGGCAACCACUCGUCCACCCAAUUACCGGACAUCAGUCACGCCUUCGUGACUCUGGGUGGCCGGAACGUCAGAGUCACCGAUGCCAUCAAUGACGACGGCUACACCCAGAGCGAGUUCCUCACCACUGUGCAGAAGCGUGGUGGUGCUGUGAUUGCGGCGCGCAAGCUCUCCAGCGCCAUGUCGGCCGCUAAAGCGGCGGCCGACCACAUGCACGACUGGUGGCAUGGUAUCCCUCAGGGCCAUUGGGUGUCUAUGGCGGUGCUGAGUGACGGCUCGUAUGGAUCGCCAGCCGACGUGAUGUUCAGCUACCCUGUGCAUAUCGACUCGCAGCGGCGCUGGCGCAUCGUGGACGGACUGUCCAUGUCGGACUUUGUCCGGCAGAAGAUCCAGGUCACUGGCCAGGAACUCGUCGAGGAGCGAAACGAAGCCCUGGCUUUCUGCAAGAACUGA